CCUUUGUCUACAUCUAUAUAUUCGCUUCAUUUGUGACUGUCAAUCCGCAAUCUUGUUCUUUGAGAGCUUCUCUUAGGACAAAAACAAGGGUGAGUUUCUCAUUCUAAUUUCCUGCCUUCCUCCCUUUCUCUUUGUGCUGUCAUUGUCAUUCAUCACUGACCCUGAAGAGCUUUCUCAUGGUCUCAUGAUUUGCUGCACCCUGAGGUUAUGGAAAUUGGGUUUGAAAUAAACCAGUGAGAAGGAUAGAACAGAUUCAUAUGCAAUGCUGAGCGAGCACAAUAAUCAUCAUUUCAAGGCGAACUGUUCGGAUUGUUCAGAUAAGCUUCUGAAGCUCGGUAAACUUUUAAGGUUUUGGCCCACAAAACCAUCAUCCAUAAUUGAGACUGGCAGGAACUGCAGUGGCAUUGAGUUAGCUCGAGGGAUCUCUGUAAUAUUCGCUGAAAAAAACUCCCAUCUUCUGCUUCGACAUAGAGAUGUUAACGUCCACUUCACAGUACUGUAUUUCGGAAAAUCAUGUAAUUCUUCUGUUGCUAGCAAUUCCUUAACUGAUACAGAUUCUCAAGGUUCGGUCACCCAACAACCCAUGCCCCAAAACGUAGCCUGCGACGUUGGGGAAUCAUCUUCAAGGCCUGAUCAGCCCUAUCGAAGAGUGAGUUCUUUCAGUUCCAUCAACGCAGGGCCUGAGGUGAGUUCAAGUUCAAGGGCUUCUUCCGAAAAGAGAGAUGCUAUGAUGAUCCCUCCAGAUUUUAAAAAAUCUAUGAGAACCCAAAAGAGCUCAGUCAUCAUACCUUAUGCCUUAGAUGAGAUAUGGUCAUCUGAGGAGUAUACUUGUGUGGUUGUUCAUGGUGAUCAGAAGCCUGCCGUUACUCAUAUAUUCUGUGACUACAUUUUGGAGUGUCACGCCAGGUGGAUGGUCGGAAGGAAAAGGAUACCCACAAUUGAAUCGCUUGAACAGAUCACCAAGAGCCCAGAUGUUCCAACAGUUCAAUCUUUUGAUAAUGAUCGUCAAUUUAUCUUGAGCUUCUGCUCCAUGUGCAGCCAAAGACUGGAGAAGGAAGAAGACAUUUACAUGUUCCAAGGUGAAGCAUUUUGCAGUCCUGUCUGUCGCAACCAUGCGGUUAUAAUUGAACUUUGGGCCGAGGAGGGAAGGAAGGUCAAAGUGGACCAUAGCUCCCAAGGUCCUCCUGAACCUGCAGACUCAGAUGAGAAGAAUCUCUUCACCUUGGGCAUCCCCAUCAUUACAUGAAAGAGGUGAGAUUAACUGCUCAAAUCUCACAUGCCACCAUUCCUUCCAAAAAGGUAAAACAACCCCAAUGUAUAUACGGUCUGUUUUGAAAGAGAUAGCUGUCUCUUUCCUUCAACUUUUAGCAGCCAUGGACUUAUCGAAAUGUACAGUUUUCUCGAAUUGUGUUGCAGGUUUCAUGGUAGAGUUGAGUCAGCACUAGCGUCAUUUUUAGGUUCCUUAGUGGAAGUUCUAGUAGCUGCAUGCCAAGGCAUUUGGCACAUCAGUCUGCCCAUCUUUUUCUCUUCUUUGUUUUUCUUUAAUCUUAGAGAGAACCCAUGUAGCAACCUUAAUUAACUCUGAAACUUAAUUUUCAUGGU